AUGCUACGCGACCAAGCUGAUCAUCCAUCUCCGCCGGAAAUGAGGUCGUUCAACGACGACUUGGCUCCGGAAAGCCACUCACCCGAUGAGGAGGCUCCUCUACUUGCGCCGAAAAAUCGCAAAAUUCCAGCUGCAGCGCUGGGCAAUUCAAUCAUGAUCCUGCUCAUUAUCGGCCUACUCAUUUCGACCAUCACCUUCGCUACACUCUACUAUCGACUUCUGGGAAAGGUAAUGCGCUCUUAUGGCUCUUUUUACGGAUGGCCACCUCUCUCCUAG